AUGAAUCCCAUAUCGCCUCGACUUGCUGUAUUUGAAGAGUUUUUCGAAGAUCCUAGAAAUAAUCUACACGCCUUAUUCUAUCCGAACGACAUACAACUAAUAGGAUUGAAAUGUACAACCAAGUAUAUGUAUCCUGACAGUGGAGAAGGAACACAAGAAGUAUUAAUGACAUGUAAACCCAACGACGUGUCCAUGGACAUGUCUGGUAACGUAUUUAUCAAAGGAGACGAGCUAUGGCAUCCAAAACUCAAAGGUGAAAGUGGCAAGGAAAAACGCGAUUCUGAUCCUGAAGUACUCGGAUAUCAUCCUUUCUUUGAUGUACGAGCAGGAAAUUGGGGGAUAGCUGGAAUCAAAGGAAAAGGUAAGGAUCCAUACGAUUGGUUGAGAUUAGUUUACGGUCAAAAACGAAAUAAA